AUGGAGUACGAUAUCCGUGCACUUGAACUGACUCCGGAUAACGAUCCAAGACUGCCAACCCGAUUAGACAAUAUGAGGAUAUCGUAUGAGAUGUGCUAUGAGCGCAUAGGUCAUUCUGACCUGCCGCAACGGCAUUCUGAGCUAGGAGUGGCACACACCGAUCGAUAUCGACGCAUGGGAGAGCCAGCAGACCUCGAGAAUUCAAUCAAAUGCCACUGUCGUGCUCUCGCCCACACUCCCGACGGCCAUCCUUGCCUACCACGCCGGUAUGCUGAUCUAGGAGCGUCAUACACCCAUCAAUAUCGACGCACGGGAGAUCCAGCAGACCUCGAGAAGUCCAUCGAACACCACUCUCAUGCACUCGACCUCACUCCCGACGGCCAUCCUGACUUGCCAGACCGGCAUGCUGAUCUAGGAGUGGCAUACACCGGCCGAUACCGACGCAUGGGAAAAACAGCAGACCUUGAGAGGUCCAUCAAAUGCUUCUCUCGUGCUCUCGCCCUCACUCCCGACGACCAUCCUGACCUGCCACGCCGUCGUGGUGAUCUAGGAGUGGCAUACACCCAUCGAUAUCGACGCAUGGGGGAGAUUGAUGAUCUCAAUAAAGCAAUUGAAUGCUACUCUCGUGCACUCGAACUCACUCCGAACACCCAUCCUGACCUGCCAGACCGGCAUGCUGAUCUAGGAGUGGCAUACACCGAUCGAUAUCGACGCAUGGGAGGAACCGCAGACCUUGAAAGGUCGAUCAAGUACAAGUCUCGUGCUCUCGUCCUCACUCCCGAUGGCCAUCCUUACCUAUCAUGCCGCCAUGCUGAUCUAGGAGUAGCAUACACCUAUCGAUAUCGACGCAUGGGAGAGCCAGCAGACCUUAAGAAGUCCAUCGAAUGCCAUUCUCGUGCACUCGCCCUCACGCCCGACGGCCAUCCUCAACUGUCAUUCCGUCAUGCUGCUCUAGGAGUGGCAUACACCGAUCGAUAUCGACGCACGGGAGAAGCUGCGGACCUCGAGAAGUCGAUCGAGUACAAGUCUCGUGCACUCGCCCUCACUCCCGACGGCCAUUCUGACCUGCCGCAACGGCAUUCUGAGCUAGGAGUGGCACACACCGACCGAUAUCGACGCAUGGGAGAGCCAGCAGACCUCGAGAAUUCAAUCGAAUGCUACUGUCGUGCCCUCGCCCUCACUCCCGACGCCCAUCCUGACCUGCCAGUCCGGCAUACCCAUCUAGGAGUGGCAUACACUGAUCGAUAUCGACGCAUGGGAGAUCCUGCAGACCUUGAAAGGUCGAUCGAGUACAAUUCUCGUGCGCUCGCCCUCACUCCCGACGGCCAUCCUUGCCUACCACGCCGGCAUGCUGAUCUAGGAGCGUCAUACACCCAUCAAUAUCGACGCACGGGAGAUCCAGCAGACCUCGAGAAGUCCAUCGAACACCACUCUCAUGCACUCGACCUCACUCCCGAUGGCCAUCCUCACCUGCCAGACAGGCAUGCUGAUCUAGGAGUGGCAUACACCGACCGAUAUCGACGCAUGGGAGAACCAGCAGAUCUUGAAAUGUCGAUCGAAUGCAAGUCUCGUGCUCUCGUGCUCACUCCUGACGGCCAUCCUGACUUGCCCCGCCGGCAUAGUGAUCUAGGAGUGGCAUACACCUAUCGAUAUCGACGCAUGGGAGAAGCCGUGGACCUCGAGAAGUCGAUCGAGUACAAUUUUCGUGCACUCGCCCUCACUCCUGACAGCCAUCCUUACCUGCCACACCGGCAUGCUAAUCUAGGAGUGUCAUACACCGAUAGAUAUCGAUGCAUGAGAGAGGCUGAUGACCUCAACAAAGCAAUCGAAUGCUACUCUCGUGCACUCGACCUCACUCCCGACGGCCAUCCUGACCUGCCACGCCGGCAUGCUGAGCUAGGUGGGUCUCACAGCGAUCGAUAUCAACUCAUGGGAGAACUAGCAGACCUCGAGCAAUCCGUCCAAUGCUACUCUCGUGCACUCGCCCUCACUCCUCAUGAUCAUCCCGACCUGCCCACCCGGCAUUUUGACUGGGCUACAUCCUGUCAUCACCAGUAUCAGCUUAACGCUCAUCCAUCCCACCUAGCAGCCUCUCUCCACUCUUUCCGCAAAGCGUCUCAGUUAUCCACUGCUUCUCCCCGCGACGUGUUCCACAACGCCUUUCGCUGGGCAAAGCUCGCAUCCGACCAUACCUACCUCAACCCAAUCGAAGCUUUCCGCAUAGUCAUCAGCCUUCUUCCUCACUUCGUCUGGCUCGGCGCCACCACUGCUCAGCGAUACCAUGACCUCUCAUCAGCAGACAACAUCGCCGUACGAGCUGCCUCUGCUGCUAUUCGUUCGUCUGAGCACAGUCUGGCAGUCGAGUGGCUCGAGCAUACACGCUGUAUCGUCUGGAGCCAGACCCUCAUGCUGCGGUCUCCUGUAGGCAGCCUUACACCAUCCGACCCACUUCUUGCAAGUCGCCUCCAUUCAGUUGCACAGCAGCUCCAUCAUGCAAGCUCUGGCCUUCCAUCUUCCGACUCCACUGUAUUUCUCCCGGAACAUCGUCACCGUCUAGCCAGGGAGUACAUCGACUUGUUGGCUCAAGCACGCAGCCUGUCCGGGCUCGAGCACUUUCUUCAGCCGGCAAAGGCCAACGUUCUAACCCAGGCUGCUCGGUACGGGCCUGUGGUCGUCGUCAGCUGCCAUCAAUCUGACUGCGACGCCCUUGUGAUCUUACCUGACCAGGUUCAUAUCCGUCAUCUCGCUCUGCCUAGCUUCACCGAGGUUAAGGCACAGCGUGCUCGCUCUGAGAUAGAACGGAUGCUGCGAAUCAAGGGACUGCGAGAGCGUGGAUUCCAUCUCAUGAACCCCCCACCCGAUCCAGAUGUUGGAGCUGUGCUCGCCGGUCUCUGGAAAGACCUGGUCAGACCAGUGCUUGACCAUCUCGGAUAUCUGAACGAUCCCACAGGCGAUCUUCCCCACGUCACAUGGUGUCCCACUGGCGUGCUGUCGUUUUUGCCCUUGCAUGCCGCCGGAGACUACGACCAGCCACGGUCGCGAGUGUUUGACUACGUCAUAUCCUCAUACACUCCCACUCUCACUGCUCUGCUGUCCUCCACUCCCACCGUCGCCAACCGCCUCCCUCAGGUGCUCGCCGUUGGUCAAGCAGCCACGCCAGGUCGUAGCCCAUUGCAAGGCACUGUCAGGGAGCUCGAGUACCUCAGAGCUCAUGCACAAGAUAGACUGGUGUACGCAGAACUCACAGACAGUCAAGCCACGACCACAGCUGUGCUCGAUGCGAUGGAGCAGUACGACUGGGUGCACCUUGCCUGUCACGCACACCAGAACAUCGAUGAUCCAACAAGAAGCGGCUUCUUCCUGCAUGACGGCACUCUCGACCUGGCCGCCAUCACUCAGCGGUCGUUCAGAAACAAGGGUCUUGCCUUCCUGUCUGCAUGUCAAACCGCCACAGGCGAUGCGAAGCUACCCGACGAAGCGAUCCACCUUGCGUCUGGGAUGCUGAUGGCAGGGUAUCCGAGUGUGAUUGCGUCGAUGUGGUCUGUGGUGGACGAGGACGCACCGUUUGUGGCUGAUAAGGUAUAUGGACAGCUGAUGAAGGGCGGAAAGGUGGGGAACGGAGAGGCAGGAAAGGCGCUACACGAUGCAAUCGUGGAGCUACGUGAGAAGGUUGGGCAGAAGGAUUUCGGGCGGUGGGUGCCGUAUAUACAUAUAGGUUCGUAG